CUAAUCUGAAUACUUGAAUGCAUUGGAUAAUCCACCUUUUCUUUAGGAACAAGAAUAAUCUACCAUGAUAAAAAUAAUGCAAAGGACUGCAAGCAGAGAAAACCAGACGCCUGCAAAGAAACAAAGUACUUGGUAAAGAAAGCAAUGUAAUCAUCCCCCAGGCUAUAAAUACCAUCCCACCAGAGGGUACUUUCUGCUCAAUAUCUAACAAAUGGCUAGUUUCCCUAUCCUUGUUCUAGUUCUGUUCACCACAUUUUCAUUAACCCAAGCAGCCCCAGCAAACUCCAAGCUCUUUAGGGAGUAUAUUGGAGCCGAGGACAAGGCUGUCAAAUUUUCGGAUGUCCCUAUCAAUUCCAAUAUCGAGUUUCACUUCAUUCUCUCCUUUGCCAUUGACUACACAUCAUCUGCUUCCCCAACCAAUGGAUACUUCAAUGUAUACUGGGACACUGAGAACCUUACACCUUCAGAUGUUUCCUCUAUCAGAGCCCACCAUUCAAACGUCAAGAUGGCUAUGAGUCUUGGGGGUGACACUAUAAAUGGCCAGAACGUGUACUUUCAGCCUAAAUCAAUCAGCUCCUGGGUCAGCAACGCUAUUCAUUCGAUAUCAGCGAUAGCAAACAAGUACAAGUUGGAUGGUAUUGAUAUCGACUACGAACACUUCAGCACAGAUCCAGAUACAUUCGCCGAAUGCAUUGGACGUCUUCUUAUUUACCUUAAACAACAGAAAAUUGUGUCAUUUACAUCAAUAGCUCCAUAUGAUGACAAGUCUGUGCAACCGUAUUACUUGGCCCUAUGGAAGAAAUAUGGACAUCUUAUUGACUAUGUUAACUUCCAGUUUUAUGCCUAUCCCAAGGGGACAACUGUUUCUCAGUUCUUGAAAUAUUUUGAGACCCAGACCUCUAAUUAUAGAGGUGGUAAGGUCUUAGUUAGCUUUGGAACAGAUGGAAGUGGGGGUCUUUCUCCUCAGAAUGGAUUCUUUAAUGCUUGCAGUAGACUUAGACAGCUGAACAAGCUACAUGGCAUAUUCAUAUGGUCAGCAGAUGACUCAAAGGAGGCCGGAUUCCCUUUUGAGAACCAGUCACAAACCUUUUUGGCCAGCACAAAAUGAAUCCGCGGCUCCGUCUCUCAGUGUUAAUCAAAAACUGCAACUCUUAGUGGUUAUAAUAGGUAAGCAGUUAGAUAAUGACUGCUUUGUACUUAGUGAAUGAGCAAAAUAACAAUAUGGAAACACUUCUAGCCGCCAUUGCAAAAUAUAGGAUCAGUUUUCACAAGAAAGUCACAUUCCUAUAUCUUUGUUAAUAGACCAGUGUUCAAUGGUAAACUUUUGUUACUUGUUUACUUCUCACCACCGGCUGAGCCUUUUUAUCGAUUCAUCCGAGGGUAAUAGUUUGCAAAGUGAUGUUUAUUUUUCUCAAAAACAAAGUUACCUGAAAAUUCACCCACA